AUGCAUGUUAAAUGUUAUGGCUUAUUACAAAAAAAUGGCGAAAAUGUAUCUGUAGGCUCAUCACAAAAAAAUGGCGAAAAUGAAUCAUUACAAAGAAAUGCCGAAAAUAUAUUUGUAGGAUCAUCACAAAGACAAAACGACAAUAUAUUUGUAGGCUCAUCACAAGAAGGAAAUGUUUCUAUAACUGAAGAAAAUAUCAAUCACAUACCUGUAAUAUUGGACAAUGAAGAUAAUUUAUUUACUUUGAUAAAUGAUCUUAAACUGAUGAUAAUAGACAUUCAAGAUGAAGUUAAAAAUAUUAAGGAAAAGCAAGAUCAAUCAUUGAUCCAAAUUCAGGAAACCAUCAAUUUGAUCUUGGCAAAAAUAAACAGUGAGCAAUAUCAUAAAGAAAACUUGAUAGUACCAGAUAAUAAGAUCGGGGAAUACCUUCCCUUGACUUCCAUUGAAAAUUUUCCUCAAUUUGAGACUGUGAUAAAAGAUGAUCAAAGAAGCUUUUAUGCAAGUAGUAAACAAAGUAAUAUUAAUUGGAGGCAAAAAUGAAAAAGAUUUUAUAAAAAGAAGUUUGAAUGUAAUAUUUUCCAACGAUUUAGCCUCAAUGUGUUCAUGGACAGGUCAAAAAAAUAAUUUUAAAAUUGGGGAUACGCAUACUAUACAGGGCCUUAAAAAGGCCUUUAGAGCAGUAUUUCCUCGUAAUACAGACAAAGAAUUUGAACAUUGCGUGAUGGAAUGGUUCAGAUUUGCAAACGUUCGCAAACAAAAAAAAGCAUCUUAAAUAG